AGAAAGAGAAAGACAGAAACACAUCUGUCCAUAUCCAAUACUUGUAUGAUUAGAAAUUCAUCAUGGAAAUAGACAAGGUUUUUCUCAAAUCAGUGAGGGGUGCUCUAAAGAUUGCAGAGAUGGUGACAAACUUCAUAGCGUUUAUUUGCUUUGUGACUGUCUCUGGAACUGCUUCCUAUGUUGCUGCCACCUGGAUGGAGGUAGUGAUCAGCUUCCUCUUCUUCCUCUUGUACCUGCUUAAGCUCAACAAGAAGCUGACUCUGUUCUUCUGGCCCCUCAUUGAUAUCUUGAACUCAACUUUUGCAGCAGUCUUCAUGUGUGUUAUAAGCCUAAUUGCUGUCUCCACUUAUUCAGCAAAUGGAACUUUGGUUGGUGGGAUCAUAGGUUUAAUAGCAACAGGAAUCUGGUGUGUGGAUGCUUCCCUGCUCUUCAAGAAAGUGACUUUCAAUCAACCAAGGAGUUCUGAUAGCGCUCCGGCGGUAUCAUAGAUACACAGGAGUGAUGAGUGUCGAAGUCAGAUGCAGAAGAAAUGACAAUCCGAUGUAUAUCUUUACAACUGCCUAAACAACCAACAAAGAAUAAUUGGUUGUUGUGCCGAAGGUUUUAAAAUCAAUACUUCUAUCCUUUUUAGCUUAUUUUCUAUUUGCAUUGUAUUAAAUAUUAUGAAAUAACAUAUAAGGGGGCCUAUGAAGUUAUUAUUACUAAAGCUUUAAGGCAGCACAUGACAUAUGGUCACAUGAUUUGAAUGGAAUGAGGAAGGCUGAUCAAUCCCGGCCCUUAAGAUUCUCCAGACAAGAGCAACGCCAGGCAAAAUGCUUACUGAGGUCAGAAACACUCCGAAUUAUUGUAUAUGCCAUAAAACAGUAAGAGAAAUGUAAAAAAAGAAAUUCAAAUUACAUUUGAAUCAACUUGUACUGUACACAGUAGAAAUCUGAAGUUGGCUAAAUGUAAACUUUUUUUUUUUUCACCGAAAAAUGCUUGUACAAUCAUUGUAAUAAAAAUGUAUUUUGCUGCUGCAGUCAUUCAGCCUGUCUUGUAAAU